UUGGAGUAAGGGGUGUAUAACUGAGACUACAAAAACUCAGAGAGAAAACUCACCAUCAGGGCUGACUUUUGGAGAAACUCCACAAGCAGGACUCUAAAGUUAGAACGUCCUGAUUUUUCAUAAGAUGUUGGACUGGAGAUUGAGAAGCGCACACUUUAUCCUGACUGUGACAUUGAUGCUAUGGAGCACAGAAAAAGCUCUCUCGAUGGAUAUAACAACAGAGGUCUUUGAUUCAGGAGUCACGGAUGUGCAGUCACUACCGAGUGUUAGGGAAGAAAAGUCAGCCACUGAUCUGGUAGCAAAACUGUUGCUCCUCGAUGAACUUGUGUCUCUGGAAAAUGAUGUGAUUGAAACAAAGAAGAAAAGAAGUUUCUCUGGUUUUGGGUCUCCCCUGGACAGACUCUCAGCUGGCUCUGUAGAUCAUAAAGGAAAACAGAGGAAAGUGGUAAAUCAUCCAAAAAGACGGUUUGGCAUCCCUGUGGAUCGGAUUGGUGGAAACCGACUUUCAAAUUCCAGAGGUUAAUGGAUUCCAACAAUACUACUUCCCUGAAUAAAGUAUCAUAGCAACAUGGAUGAUUCUUCAGUGAAGUUCUUCAGACUCCUUAAUGAUUACACUUUGAAGGAACUGACCUGCAAAUCUUCUCCAAAGCUCCAUCUUCAGGCCAUCACAGCAUAGUAUUGUUACAGCGUCAAUUAAAUUAUGCAGAUUAUUCCAACAUAUAGACUUUAAAAUAGAUACUUUAGUUAUUCAGGAAUGGUUGCUUUUUCCCAAAACCUUACUUUUCUAAGAAGUAGUCAAAAUACACAAUAUAGUUAAAUGCUUUCAAUAUGCAUUUAUCAUUUAACAAUUAUACAGUUGAAGAAUAAUAGCUGAAGACUAAUUUGUUUCUAUAAUAUUUAAAUACAAUCUGGUUUCUUUUUCUUGGAAAUCAAGGAAAGCGAAUGCCAUAUCUUUACCCUUGAAUACUUUUUCUCCUCUCCAUCCUUUUAUGAGCCUCACAGGUAAUGAUAAUGAGAUUCAACUUAUUGUAUUCAAAUUUCACCCAGGUUCAGUCAAAUAAAACACAGCCCCAGUUCCAAAAAUAAGAGAAAAGCGGGUCUCCAAUUUAGUGAGGGGAAAAAUAGCAAUAAUUGGUCCCAUCAAUUUUAUUCUCUUAAAGAACUGAGACAACACCUCUGCACAUCAGAGAACAUUGACUUAGAAUUAGCAAGUGAAGGAUAUUACUUGUCAAUCUUGAAUAUCUCAUGGACUCUUAACAACUUUCCAUUUGUCUAAAUUACUACUGAUAGUCAAUUGAGAGCAGCAGUGGCUGAUUAUAAAGAGAAUACACAUGGGAAUUUACAGAUGAACAUAUGUGGGGAAUUUAAAAAAUCACUAGUAAACCACCAGAGCAAUCUGGGGCCAAUUAGGUUCACAUAAUUUUAACACAAGUUCAUUUUUUUUAAAGUAAUUGACCUAAAAAAAAAAAGGCUUUAAUUUUCCAUAUACCACAUUUAACAAGGCACUAAGAGGCCAAAUAUAUUUGAGAACAUAUAUUUGAAAUAAAUCAAAUUAUUUUUACUUUAUCAAAGCAUAAGAUUUGCUAUUCCGGAAAUAAUAGCAAAUAAUAAUGUCAACAAUAAUUGUGAUGGUGCUUUAAUUUACACACAUAGUCCACUACACAUUGGAUAUACUUUCAAAACACAAAUGUAAUUUCUCCUUUGUGACAGAGAUUUGGCUUGAGUUAUCAAAAAUGAUCAAGCCUCUGAGAAAAAUUAUUUAAAUCAUAAUAAACAUUAUCAAAUAUAUCUUAUGUUGGAGAAAAAAUUUUGAAUAAGAAAUCAUAGGGCAUUUCUUAGAAUUGAAAGAAACAAAAAAUAAACAGACUAUGAUGAGGUUUAGUACAUAUCUUAUUGGGGGGAAAGUUUCAAAUUGUUAAAAAAAAUCUUCACAUUUAUUUUAUUUUUUUGUGUGGAUUUAAAUUCUUUUUUUUUUUUUUAAUUUAAGAAAGGAUUAAUUAACAAAACCAUAGGGUAGGAGGGGUACAACUCCACACAAUUCCCACCACCCAAUCUCCAUAUCCCAUCCUCUCCCCUGAUCGCUUUCCCAUUCUCUAUCCCUCUGGGAGUAUGGACCCAAGGUCAUUGUGGGAUGCAGAAAGUGGAAGGUCUAGCUUCUGUAAUUGCUUCCCUGCUGAACAUGGGCAUUGACUGGUUGAUCCAUACUCCCAGCCUAUCUCUCUCUUUCCCUAUAAGGGUGGGUCUCUGGGGAAGCGGAGCUCCAGGACACAUUGGUAGGGUCUUCAGUCCAGGGAAGCCUGGUCGGCAUCCUGAUGGUAUCUGGAACCUGGUGGCUGAAAUCCUUGGAUUUUUCUAAUCCUGCAAGGUUUUGUUGUUGCAUGCUUUC